UACACGUAUAUCUCGCGUGCGUGACGUGACGUGCGUCGCCGAGUGGAUGUUUACCCAGGGGAGUGAUGAGUGUACGGUAUUUUAAGACAUCGGCUACUUCGCAGCUGCCAAAAUGCCAUUUAAGUUCCACUUGAAGAAGAGCAGGCAGUACAACGUCGUGUCCAAGAAUCAGUAUGUGAUCUGUGUCGAGUUGUUGGACGCCACUUCGAUAGAAUGCACCCUCAGUAUCGACAGCGUUGGCCAGGAGUGCCUGGACAACGUGACGCAACGCUUGGGCCUGGGACAGCCCGAGUAUUUUAGCCUGCGCUACGUUUGCCGCAACACGUCGUCGCUUAGAUGGGUAGACAUGGACAAGCCUCUGAAGAGACAGCUUGAGAAAGAGGCUAAAAGCCUUACGCUUUAUUUAAGAGUUAUGUUCUACAUCGUGGACGUACAGCUUAUUCAAGACGAAAUGACAAGAUAUCAUUAUUAUCUUCAACUGAAGAAUGACGUGCUGGAGAACAAGAUACAUUGUAAUUACAGACAAGCUUGCGUGUUAGCGAGUUAUUCUAUGCAAGCCGAGUUUGGAAAUUAUAGCCCGGAAAGACAUACCCUGGAAUAUUUCCAGCAGUGCACUUUCUUCCCAAAUGAUGUAAGCAAAACGGACCCAGGCGGGCAAGAUUCUCUUUUACACGCAGCAAUAUUCCAGUACAAGGGUUUUGUUAAUAUGACACAGGCUACUGCGGAAGAACUAUAUAUCUCGCUUGCCAUGCAACUAGAGGGAUACGGCACCGAAACGUUUACUGCCAAGGAUAACAGUAACAACAAAGUUAUACUUGGAAUUUCUAUCAAUGGAAUUAUGGUGGCCUAUCCUAAUACACAAGCAACGCAAUGUUACAGGUGGAAAGACAUCAAUAAUGUCAUAAAAGAAAAGAAAACGUUUAUAAUAGAGUAUAAAUCGGAAGGAGCGAAGCAAUUUGUAUUUAACGAGUCGCGCGAUACAAAAUAUAUAUGGAGAUUAUGCAUAGCUCAACAUCUAUUUUAUAUACAGUAUCAAGAACGCCAUCCGCAAGAAAGAUCUAGUGGCUGCUGUGAUAAUGAUACAAACGAUUCUAGUGAGCAAGCAGUGUCCGUGAAUUCGGAUAACUUCGGACAUCGAACAUCGGACACGCCGCAUACCCGGUGGACAAGCUAUAACGAUCUUUCGAUACCGUCACCGUGUCCUGUUGUGUCUGUUUCAUCAAGCGAUAUAAAUAGCUUGCGCGCGUUAUUACCGUCGUAUAGACCGGCGCCCGAUUACGAAACGGCGGUCCAAAUGAAAUAUAACGGUGGAAACGCUCCUCAGCCUUAUUAUGCGAAUCAGUCCGCGAUAGUUGGCUCAGAUAUUUCGUGCCUUCUGGGUGUAAAUCGUAAUAGAUAUUAACCCUCCAUUGCCCUCGUUCGCCAAACGAACGUCAGUACCCUCGUGUUAGCCCUGCGCCGCGCUUGUAUGUUUGUCAUUGUAUUAAGGUGAUAUUGCCACAUAGUUGUCACAAAUCAAGAGCCACUAUUUCUAACAUCUGUUAAACUCGAACCAACUAUUAACUUUUCAGAAUAGUCAAUAGAAGUUGGGUAUUCUGAAAGUUAACGGUCGAUUAGAGAUUAACAAACGUUAAAAAUAGUGGCCCCAAACAGUCUUGUAAGAAAGAGAGGUUGAAACAUCGAUCGGUACAUCAAUCUAAAACAGUAAAACUUGCAUUUGGCUACAGCAGUCGCGUUGACUCCGAGUAUUUGCUCUUGACAUGAGUGCUGCGCAUAGAUAUACGUUAGAUAUACACGUUAGUUUAGAUUAGACUUUCCAAGUCUAGUCUAAAAAUUAUAUUAAGGAAAUUUUGGAAAAUAAUUGUACAAAUAUAAUCUAAAAGGUUGUAAACGAAAAAUCAAAAAGUUUCAGAGUUAACUUAUAUGCCACAUCUAUGUAAUUGAAGAAAUAAGAUGUGAUGUUAGCGCUCGCCUAACACGAGAGCAAUGGAGGGUUAAGUUUUAAUGAAAUACGUAAUCGGCUAAUAUAAAAAAUUCUACUGAUGUUUGUGAUAUACAGAAUUUAGACUAACAUGCAAAAAAAAGAUUAUGUAUUAUAUAUAAUUCAUAAAUAUUGCAUAUAAAAUAUUUAUAAUUAU